UAUAUAUAUAUGCCUCUACUUAUAUAUAUAUGCCUCUACUGCUUGGUGAUAAGGGAAAUAAUGGUGGAUGGAUGAUCUGUUUCACUGUCGACAGCUUCUUGCUAGCUAGCUAAGCUAGGCCAUGGUGUAUGUAGAAAGGUACGGUGACCCGGUUUACAAAGUAUUAAAUAUUUAUACACACCGAAGAGAAUUGAUGUAUGCAAUCUAUCCAUUUAUCUCCACUUGUUGCAAAAACACUAUAGUUAGAGAAAGUGAAAGAAACAAUGGACAACAAGUCAUGGCUUUGGAGGAAAAAAUCUUCAGAAAAGACAAUUAUUGCAACAAACAAAUUUGGCAUUUCUUUGAAAGAAACUGAUGAAGAGACACAAAAAUUUCCAAUGGCAAAUGAAGUAGGAUCAGUUAGAGUUGCAAGAAAUUUGAAUGAAAAGUUAGCUUCAGUGCUUCUUGAUUCUCAUGGAAAAGAUGAUCUUGCGAUGAAACAAGAAACUUUAGCACAAGAAGGUGUUGCAGGCCAGCAGAAAGCAGAAUCAGAAGUCAUAUGCCUAAGGAAAGAACUGGAUGAAGUUUUAAAGCAAUGCAAGCAGCAGCUGAGCUCCUCACAAGCAGAACAAGAGCAAAAGAUAAAUGAUGCUGUGAUGAAGGCAAAAGGUGAAUUUGAGAGGACACACAAGAAUUUAGAAGAAAAGUUGACGGAGAAGAACAAAAAGCUUGCAAGUUUAGCCAUUGAGAAUACAAAUUUGAGUAAUGCUCUUCUACUUAAAGAGAAAUUGGUUGAAGAAAUGCAUAAAAACCUGUCUCGAACAGAAGCAGAAGUCAAUGCACUAAUGACUAGAUUAGAUUCUACAGAAAAAGAGAAUACUUUUCUAAGAUAUGAGUUUCACAUGCUUGAGAAAGAGCUUGAGGUUCGUAAUGAGGAAAUGGAGUAUACUCGUCGGUCUGCUGAAGCAUCACAUAGGCAGAAUCUAGAAAGUGUUAGGAAAAUCUCAAAGUUAGAAGCAGAAUGCCAAAGGCUCCGCGUUUUAAUGCGUAAAAAGCUUCCAGGUCCUGCUGCUUUGGCAAAAAUGAGAAAUGAAGUUGAGAUUCAUGGGAAGGAUCAAAUGGAAUUAAGAAGAAAACCAAAUCCCACAAGAGAAUUGGUGCUUACGGACAGUAAAAUGGAAAGAUCACCUGAAAUUCCUGUUAAGAACAUUAAUUUUCUGAUUGAGCAACUACGCGGUAUGGAAGAAGAAAAUAGAACUCUGAAAGAAAUACUUGGGAGGAAAAACGCUGAACUCAGAUCAUCGAGGAUUAUGUAUUCAAGAACUGCUUCAAAGUUAUCACAGGUUGAGGCUCAGCUUCCAGAGGUUUCUGGAGGACAAAGAUGUAUGGAUUUGGCAAAGCUCAAGAGCCCAUUUGCAGGUUUCGACAUUGGCAGUGAUGAUGGAGUUAGCUCUUCUGGAUCAUGGGCCAAUGCUUUAAUCUCUGAAUUGGAGCAUUUCAGAGAUGCAAGAUUCAAGAGUCCAUCAGAAGGCAAAUCAGACAUGAGUUUAAUGGAUGAUUUUGUAGAGAUGGAGAAAUUAGCUUUAGUAUCUUCUGCAGGCUCUAAUCAUUCUGUCUCUGAUGGUAAGGAACUAGUUCCAGUAAAUGAUAAACAGGAGAUAUGCUCAAAAGAUAAAUCUUUUGAUUGGCUUCAAGAGGUUUUAAGUGCAAUCUUUAAACAACAGCGCAUUUCAAAACGAAGUCCAACGGAACUUCUUGAGGACAUUAAGAUUGCCCUUGGUUAUAUAAAUCAGUCAAGCAUCCCUGAAGCUGAUACAGCAGCAAUGUCUCCAAACAUCGAUUCAUUGAUCGAAGCUUCGGGUGUUGACUCCUCACUGAAAGAAAGAAGCAAGCUGAGUAAGACAAUCUGCAAGAUUAUUCAGUUGAUUGAAGGAAUCAAUCCAAUGCCUCAACUCUGCAAUAGUACAAUGGAUAAUAUGUCGAAGAAGGAAGAAAGUUGCUCGCGUUCACCAAUAGCUGCUGAUUACUUUGUUCAUGUUUUUCAAUGGAAGGGUUCUGAACUAAGUGCUGUUCUACAACGGUUUGUUCAUACUUGUAAUGCUGUGUUGAAUGGAAAAACCGAUCUUCAAAGUCUAGCUGAGGAAUUAUCAUUUACCUUAGACUGGAUUCUGAACAACCAUGUCAACCCCAAAGAUGCUUCAAAUGCAAGAGAUAAGAUCAAAAGGCAUUUCAGUCAGAAUGAAUCACAAAGCGAAAAUGAAGCUGGAGUAGAUGUGGAGAAACCUUCAAGUUUGCCCUUGGUUGACCAAAACAUUUCAUCUCAAAGUAAAUCCAUACAGUAUAAUCUGCAAGAAGAGAAUAAGAGACUGAAAGAUGAUCUUGAAGCUAUGGACGGAAAGCUUCAGACUGCAAUUGGCAAGAAUGAGACUUUGAUGAAACAACUUCAGGAAUCAGAACAAAGCAUCAAAAACUUACAAGUAGAGCUGGAAACUACAAAGGAAUCAAAAGGAAUCAUUGAGGAUCAGAUGGAAAAUCACAAGUGUAUGAAUGAAGAUCUUGAUACUCAGCUUACAGUUGCUAAAGCUAAAUUGAAUGAGGUUUUACAGAAGUUGUCAUCUUUAGAAGUUGAAUUGGAAGAAAAGAGUAACUGUUGUGAAGAAUUAGAAGCUACUUGUCUUGAGCUUCAACUCCAGUUGGAAAGUGUCGCAAAGAAAGAGACUAUGAACCACAGCAUUAAUGGAGAUGGAACACAAUCCCAAAAUAGUUCAGAAAUCACAGCAGCUUCUUUAAAGUUGGCAGAAUGUCAAGAGACUAUUCUUAACCUUGGAAAACAACUCAAGGCACUAGCUACACCAAGAGAAGAAGCACUACUUGAUAAAGUAUUCAAGACAAGUGUUUCCACAACAGCUAAUAAGAACUUGAGUAAGCGAUUCUCAUUGCGCGAUCAAAUGAUUGCUGAAGAUCCCACCAAGGCAAUCAUUCUCAGAUCUCCCAUCAAAGAUGGAAAAUUCCAAUCCAAUAAUAAUGGCAAUGCUUCAACUGCUACUAAUGUAAAAUCUGAUUCAAAGCAAAAGGCUGACAAUAAUGCAGCAGUUGGAACUCUUGCUAUUGUACCUUCUAAAAAACAAGGAGUUGGUUUCCUGAGGAGGUUACUAAUGAGAAGAAAGGAAGCAGUAAAAAAUCAAAAACCUCAUUAGGAAAGGUAUGACGGCUCUUGUUGCUGCUGCUACUGCUAUUGAUCAACAGUCUGAUUGUUAAAUAUCUUCGAUUUUCAGUUUUCUAAGCUUGAAAAUUUGUGAGCAUGAUAGUUUGAGGCAUCAUAUUGCUUCAACCCAUUUUCUUUUUCCUUUUUUUUGGAGAGAAAGAGAGAGAGAGAGAUAAUCGCUUUUGAGUACUUAUGUGUGUAAAUAUCUGGGUUUCAGGGAUAUAGAGUCUGUAGUGCGUCAUCUGUAAUAUAGAAGAAGUGAAAAUAACAGCUUACUGUGGUUUUUAGUAUCAAUCUACAAAACUGAUGAGGCUGCCAGGACAGCAUAAGCUCUGGCAAUAA